GAUUUUAUGAAUGAGUCAGGCCAAUUUCUAUAUUAGGAUCUUUACACACACGGGGCAAUAAACUCGUCCGACGUGCAUCACUUUAACCUGAUCGCCCCCUGAAGGCAGUAAUGGAUCACUCUUACAAAUGCCAAUAUCUUACAUACACAUACGAUACCGUAGGAAGUUGUUGUUUAGUGUGUAGAAAACGAUGAAAUUAUUAUAUGUGUGAAAUUAAAUACUUCUUCUUACAAAACAACUUUGGAUAAAGUGAUCACUUGGUUUUAUAAAUAUGAGAUUAACUAGUUAUUUAUUUCGCUUUAGAAUGGAUAAGGUAUUUUUCUCAAAGUGUAGUUGCGGAAAAAAUAGUUUUUUCGAUGUUUCUGUGAUAGUUUUGUUUGUGUGUAUUUUUGGAUAUGCAAUUCCCAUAACUAGUGCCUUUAAUUUGGAUAUAAAGAACGCUAUUAUUCAAAGAGGUGAAACUGGGAGUAUGUUCGGAUUCUCAGUAGCUCAACAUCUCGACCAAAACACAGGAUGGAUGUUAGUCGGAGCUCCAGAGGCUCAAACAAAUCUACAACCUGGAAUUGUAAGAGGAGGAGCUGUAUAUAGAUGUAGCGUAGACACUCAAAUAUGUCGAGUCAUUCCAUUUGAUAGGCAAGGAAAUGAUCAACAGUAUAAUGGAACAAAUUAUUUAGACAAAGAAGACAAAUCAUACCAAUGGUUUGGUGCAACAGUAGUUAGUUCUGGUGUAAAUGGUCUUGCAUUGGCCUGUGCACCCAGAUAUAAAUAUCAUUCAACAGCAUUAGACAAAGUAGAACCAGUAGGAACAUGUUACUUAGGUCGGCCAGGGUCAACAUCAUUUACAGAAUAUGCACCCUGUAGAAACUCGGUGGAUACUCGAAAAAGUGAUAUUGACCAACAUCAUAAACAUGGUAAAUGUACAGCGGGUUUCUCUGCUUCCAUUACGUCAAAUGGCAACAGGUUGUUGAUUGGUGCUCCAGGGGCCUUCUACUGGCAAGGGCAAGUGUACAAUGUGUACUUAGAUAAAGGAAACCAAGCUGUAUCUACCAAAGAAGGUGGCAUGUUAUAUGAUGAUUCCUAUAGGGGAUAUUCUUCUGCUGUGGGGAACUUUAAUGAGGAUGCUGACCAGGAAUAUAUUGUUGGAGUGCCUAGAGCAGAACUUCUAAGAGGACAGAUAACAAUCUACAAACAAGAUCUAGGCAUCAUUAGAAAUAUAACAGGAGAACAGGUUGGAGCCUACUUUGGUUAUGCCUUAGCUGUACAGGACUUGGAUGGUAACAACCUUGAUGACAUUAUUGUUGGAGCACCACUGUAUUCAAAUUACACUUCUGUACAUAGCUAUGAUACUGGCAGAGUUUAUGUGUACUACCAAAAUAGACAGAGAGAAUUUAAUCCAAAGAAACGAUAUGAUAUUUUAGAAGGACAAGAUGCUAAAUCCCGAUUUGGAGCUGCUUUGACAGGACUUGGUGAUAUAAACUAUGAUGGUUAUAAAGAUUUAGCUGUAGGAGCACCAUACGGGGGAAAAGAAGGGAAAGGAGCAAUAUACAUUUAUCAUGGUUCUAUGAAAGGAAUUUUAACACAAGUUUCACAAGUCAUACAUGGAGCAGAUUUUCCAUCUGUUAAAAGUUUUGGAUUUUCUUUGUCUGGAGGACUUGACUUGGACAAAAACCAGUAUCCAGAUUUAUUAGUUGGGGCGUAUGAAUCACAGGCAGCACUUCAAUUGUGGGCAAGACCAAUAGUAAGAGUUGCUGCCAGUGUACAACUUCAACCCCAAACUAUUGAUUUGGAACAACAAAAGACUUGCCCAGUUACAUGGAGUGAUGCUAAAGUUCUGUGUUUCAAUGUGGGAACUUGUGUGAAGUAUAAUGGCCUUGGUGUUUCUGAACGACUUAUGUUUGACCUUUCAUGGGAGUUUGAUUCACUGAAGAAAACCAACAAAAGAGUUUUUCUUUUGGCAUCCCAGUUGUCAGAGGAAAUGCUUUUAGAUAAAGAAUUAGAAAGAAAUAAAACGUUUUGUCACAAUUCUUUUGUCUAUAUAAAAAAUGCGAACUCGAUCAGGGACAAGCUGACACCAAUCCAAGUGAAUUUUAAUUUUAAAUUAGCCAAAGAUGAUAUAAAUGAUGUUUUAGGUGGAAGGAAGAAGAGGCAGGCUUUAGAUUUCCAACUAGAACCUGUAUUAGACCAGUACACUCCUACCCUAGUUAAAGCUGAGGCUAAUAUUUUGAAAAAUUGUGGUCCAGAUGAAGUGUGUAUUCCUGAUCUCUCAGUAUUACCCUACUCAUUAACAAACCGUGUAAUAAUGGGCAAUACAAACAGCAUAGAUAUCAUUGUUAACAUUGCCAAUAGAGGAGAGGAUGCCUAUGAGACUUAUCUUUAUAUAGAUCUACCUAAAGGUGUAGAGUAUAAUGGAAUAAGGAACCAGAAAAAUGCUCCAAUCUGUGAAUGGUUAGGAUUAAAUAAUGCAUCAUACAAUUUGGUCAACUGUUCUAUUGGUAAUCCAUUCCAAGCAAACAGAAAGACUAAUUUUACAGUGAGGGUGUACCCAACCAAAGUAGAUGGUUUAUCUAAAGACUUAGUAUUUUCGUUCAGAAUAAACAGCACUAAUCCAGAGAAUAAAUUGAAUCUGACAGACAAUCAAUAUGACAUUAAUAUACUGCUGCAACAGUCUUCUAACCUAAUUAUGAGUGGAGAGACAGCUGGAAAUAAAGAACAAGUGGUCUAUAGUGAUGAUAGUGUGGAGAAGUUUAAAGACACUGGGUUUGGUCCUACUGUGGUCCAUGAAUAUAAAUUGACAAAUUUAGGUUACACUGACAUAAAGGCAUCCUUGGUACAUAUUUACUGGCCUAGUUUUGAUGAUUUAGGAAACAAUCUUCUGUAUCUUACCACGGUUCCAACAGUCAGUGGAACAGAGGGAGUAUGUACUGAAGAAAUUUAUACACCUGCCAACAGUACACUUUUAAUAAAGGGAAGAGAGGAUGAAAAUUCGGGAGCUUAUAGGACAAAAAGAGCAACGAGGAGUGAUAACACAAGAAGAAUAACCUGUACAAGACAGUGGUGUACAAGAAUUGUUUGUAACCUGAGGUACAUGGAAGAUCAACAGACUGCACUCAUUAAAGUCACUGCUAGAAUAUGGACAGAUACACUAGUAAAGAGGGGAUUGAGUAAAGAACCAUUUCACUUAGUGUCACAAGCAGUAGCCCAGGUGAAAGAGAUGCCAUACGAUUUACCUACUACAUCAGAAACAUUUAGAGUUGUUAAACAAGAGGUUGUGACAUAUGUAAAUGCAGGCAGAUUGGCACCACCUCCUAAGAGUGUAGAACCAUGGAUUAUAGGAGUUGCCAUAGCUGGUGGUUUACUAUUAUUAUUGCUUUUAAUACUGCUUCUGUGGUGGUGUGGAUUUUUUCGAAGAAAGAGACCAGAAGAUGCUAUAUCAGCUUCUCAAAAACCUUUGGUAUAUAAAAAUGGAAGUCAAGCAAAUUAUGGCAAUCAACAAACAUAUGGAAAUCCUUCAGGAUAUGGCAAUGACCUCAUGUCGCGUCCCUAUGAAUAACCAUGUCAAGGUCACCAUACUUCCAUUGUGCCAUUCCUCAACAUUAUCACCAAAUAAUUACAUGAUUGUAGAAUUUAUUUGUUUAUUUUAGUAUUUUAACAAGAACAAGCUUUUAUUGAGCUCAUUAAUUAGAUUAUUCCACUUUAGUAUUAAGAAUUAAAUUUAUAGUUUAAAUAAUACAGAUUGAUGAUUAUUACACAUUUAAAACAAAUGAUUGCCACUGGAUGUUAAGCAACCAACAAUCAAUCAUAAUUCUAAUUCUGAACAGAAGUUAAUUUAUUCAAGUGGUAUUGUAAAAUUAAUGAUAUUAAGAAAUGUUUUUUUUUUUUAUUUUGAAUACCAGUGAGUGUUAUCAAUUUCGUAUCAAGAUUUUGUUUCAAUUUCAAUCUGUUAAGGAAGAUGUAAUGCCUUCUGCUGAGAUUUAAAGCUAUACAAUCGAUUAUGGAAGUAUUUAGCAAUACAUUUGUUACACAGUCUAUGCAUUAUACACAGUUUUAUACAUAUUUAAAAUAAGAUUACAUUGGUUCAUCAUCUCCAUAGUCUUUCACAUCAGAUGUUGUACACUUUUAUCAUUAUGUAUUUUAUCAGAAAACAUCUUAUUAGAUUAUUUUAAAAAGACCAUAAAUCUUUGUUUUAUUUCUUGUAAUGCAAAUAUUUAUGUGUUUUACUGUUUAUUACAUAAAAAGAUAUUAUGGUAGUUUAAAUAACAUUUUUUGUAAUUUCUUAUCAACAAUGGUUUAUAUAGAUAUAUGCAUUAUAGAUAAUCAAAAGUCUUUUUUGUAGAUUAAUGGGAAUUUAACUGGUACAUAAAAGUGUCAUGAUUGUUAUAUUCUUUCCUCAUCAAUUUUUUAUGCAACUAAUCUGUAAUCUUAUCUGUUUUUGUAAAGACUAAUCAACCAAUCUGUUUUUGUAAAGAUUUUAUUUUCCUGAAAAUUAUUAUGUUGGUAUGCAAAUUGCAUUAACAUGAAUAAUGAGUAAUGCAAACAUAUGCGUCACAUUUUGAAUUUUCCUCUUAUCAAAAUAUUUCAGUGUAAUUGAAAUUCACAUUGAAUUUUACACUUAGUAUUUCAUGUAAACAAGAAAAUGUCCAUUGAAUAGAUUUAUGGAACUUAAAUGAAAAGAAUACUGGUUAAUUUUAUGUAGAAACGGUUUAAAAAAUGCUUUUAAAGGAUGGAAUUGAUUAAGGGUUAUUCAUGCAAAGAACCAAAAAAAUAAUAUGAGUUCUAUGUGAUUUUACAUGUCAAAGAAAAUUUUAUAUUUGAUUUUUGUUGGGAUUCUCAAUUUAUUGACCUUUGAAAGUGUUAAAUUACAGGAAGUUUCCAUAAGUUUUAGUCCCUUAUCUACUUAAGAUGCAGAAUAAACUUUUACUGUUGUUAAUUCCCCUCUCUGAAUUGAGGAUGUUGUUUAUAUCCAUCUGUCAGGGACUGUUUUUCUGUCUGUCCAUCCAUCCCCAAAAGCUCUAGGAAACUGCAAAUAAGAUUUUUUUUUAUCAAGCUUCUUGUGAUCUUGCUUUACUGUAGUAUGCAUUUUUAAGAUGUAUUAAUCAUCAACUUCUGCUUACUGAAUAAUUAUCAUUAUACAUAAUGUACAUGUACAUUGAAAUUUCAGUCACAUUUUUCAAAGCAUCUUCCUGAUUUUUUACAUCAAACUUCUUUUGAGCAUGAUUUACUUUGUGAUGCAUUUAAAGAUUCCUGUUUACUUAAUACCAAGAUAAUCUGUAACAUAAUGACUAUGUAGGAAAUUUUUGUUACAUUUUUCAGGAAUUGCAAACCAAAGCUUCUUGAAACUUGGUAUCAAGCUUGAUGUAAGCAGGCUUGACUGUGUGAUACCCUUUCACAUUCAUCACUGAUCAACCUCCUCUUUACCGAAACUUAUAGUGGGGUUAUGUUGGUGAGCAAUGGCUUACAGAUCUACAUGUUAAUAUUAUAGAGAUAUUUAGGGGAAAUAGAAGAAACUGUAAUGUAAUUACAAGUUAUAUUUGAUAGUGCCUAUUUGUGAUAUAUUAUUGUGUGUACAUGUUGUUCAAGUUUAUUUGUGAUAUUUAAUAAGGUUGACAAUUGUAUUAUUGUUGUGUUUUCAUUUGUUUUAAUUGUAUUAAAUAGCUUUUUGACAGCUGUUAACUUUAUUGUAUGUUAUAUUACACAAA